AAGCAAGGAAAAGCCAAACCUAUCAAGAGAGGCAGAGAUACAGGUGGCAGGGAAGGCGCGCGCUUCCUCCUGGCGCCGCGAACAAAAUUCCUUGCUUCCCCGGCGGCAGCUCGAAUCGGAAUACCCAUUUGUCCAUCCUCGCAAGCACCCUUCCACCGCCUCUUCUUCCAAUGGCGUAUAAAUCGUGUCCGAGCCCAUCAGGCCACCGUGCCCCCCACCAUCACGUUUGUGGCGAUGGCGACGGCGACGGCCUCGAGGUCGAUGGUGGUGAGGCGGAGGCGGAACGCGCUGGCGCAGACGCUGGCGUCGCGGAGGCUUCCGGAGGGCGUGGCGGAGCCCGGGGAGCGGGUGCCCGAAGCCUUGGCCCCAGAGGUGAUGCCAUUCAUCCGCGCAGCCGACGAGGUCGAGCUGCUCAACUCGCGGGUCGCGUUCCUCUGUCGCAGAUAUGCCUACAAGAAAGUUCAAAGAAUGGAUCCAUCAUCCAUCCAACGUGGGGUUCGGCAGUUCAAAACAUACAUGUCACUUAAGCUAGAUCAGGAUGACACGCAAUUUCCUUUAAACGAUUCAAAGGAGAUCCAGCGAUUUUAUAAGUACUACUGUGAAAAUUUGAGCAGAACCUCUGAAAAACAGAACUUUGAGGAAUUGGCUAGAUAUUACCAAGUGGCGUCUGCUCUUUAUGAAGUGUUAAGAGAUGUAACAAACAACAAGGUUGAUUCUGAGGUGAUGAAACUUGCUAAAGUAGUAGAGGAAAAGAGUGCUCAUUUCAAGAGUUACAAGUACAACAUAGUCCCCCUCAAUUUUCCUGGUUCUGCAGAAGCAGUUGUGGAACUCCCGGAGAUAAAAAGUGCUAUAGAUGUAAUACGUAACAUAGACGGUCUUCCAAAGCUACACAUGUCUUCAAUGCAAAGGGAAGGAAAACCUAUCUGGGAUUUACUUGACUGGCUUUCGCUAGCAUUUGGAUUUCAGAAAUCGAAUGUGGAGAAUCAGAGAGAAAACAUGGUGUUACUGCUUGCAAAUAUUAGCACAAGGACCUCAGGACAGGAAGGACAUCCUUUGGUCGACGCUGUGAAUGAUUUGUGGGACAAAAUAUUUGGAAAUUAUGAAUCAUGGUGUCACUAUUUGCAUGUUAGUUCAAGAAUCAUGAUCAAAUAUGAUGACACAGAACUAAAGAAGCAGCAGCUAAUGCUUCUCCACAUUGGAUUGUACCUUCUUAUCUGGGGUGAGGCUUCAAAUGUCCGGUUUAUGCCUGAGUGCUUAUGCUACAUAUUCCAUCAUAUGGCAAAACAGUUGAAUCAAAUGGUUGAAGAAAGUUAUUUUCAACCACCACCUGGGUUUGAAGAGGAGGGAUCAUUCCUAAACAUUAUCAUUGAACCUAUCUAUAAGGUUCUGCAGAAGGAAUCACAAAGAAGUAAAGGUGGUACAGCUGGCCACUCAGCUUGGAGAAAUUAUGAUGACUUGAAUGAACAAUUCUGGUCAGAGAAAUGUUUUAUGAAGCUUGGCUGGCCAUGGGAUCUCAGUGCAGACUUCUUCCAUCAAGAGGGUCGUAGUGCAAGAAAGCCCAAAACAAAUUUUGUUGAAGUCCGCACAUUUUUGCACCUAUUUAGAAGUUUUAAUCGUAUGUGGAUAUUUUUUAUAUUGGCUUUCCAGGUGAUGCUAAUAGUUUCAUGGAGUUCCUCUGGAUCUCUUUCUGGAAUUGCUGAUGCAACUGUAUUCAGAAGCGUUUUAAGUGUCUUUAUAACUGCCGCUCUACUCAACUUCAUAAAAGUGACUUUGGAUAUAUUGCUUACUUUCAAAGCAUGGGGAAAUAUGGAGUGGACACAAAUACUCAGAUACUUACUAAAAUUCUUUGUGGGUAUUGCUUGGAUAAUAAUUCUUCCAGUAACAUAUUCCAGUUCAAUUAAAAGCCCAUCUGGUGCUGGCAAACUCCUGAAUAGUUUGACACGGAAUUGGUACAACCAGUCAGUAUAUAAUUUUGCAAUCGUCAUUUAUAUGAUUCCGAACAUUUUGGCUGCCUUGCUUUUCUUGUUGCCACAACUUCAAAAUAUAAUGGAACGCUCAAAUUGGCGUGCAGUUAUUCUUCUUAUGUGGUGGAUUCAGCCAAGAUUGUAUGUUGCACGUGGUAUGCAUGAGGACAUAUUGUCCAUUUUUAAAUAUGUCUUCUUUUGGGUCGUGUUGCUCACCUCCAAGCUUGCAUUUAGUUUCUAUGUUGAGAUAUCCCCCAUGAUUGAACCGACGAAGUUCAUUCUUGAUCAAGUAGUUGGGAACUAUGAAUGGCAUGAAAUCUUCCCUUUCUUGCCGCACAAUCUCGGUGUUGUCAUUACUAUAUGGGCACCAAUUGUUUUGGUGUACUUUAUGGACACACAAAUAUGGUAUGCUAUUUUCUCCACUGUCUUUGGGGGUGUUUCGGGUGCCCUUAGUCAUGUCGGUGAGAUACGUACCCUAGGCAUGUUGAGAGUCAGAUUCAAAUCAAUGCCAGAUGCUUUCAGGAAAUGUCACGUGGCAGCACAUAAAGAGCAAGCACUUGAUGUGAGGAGCUUCUUUUGUGUUUGGAAUUCAUUCAUCAAUUCCUUACGAGAGGAAGACUUCAUUAGUGAUAGAGAGAAGGACAUGUUGAUGGCUCCAUCAUCUUCAAGUAAUUUACCUGUUGUUCCAUGGCCUCCUUUCCUCCUUGCUAGCAAGGUACCAACAGCUCUCCAUAUGGCCAUGAGUUCCAAAGAGGGGGAUGAACAUGAGCUGAUCGAAAAAAUCAAACUAGACAAGGACAGAUACAAUGCAGUUAUAGAAUGCUACGAGUCCUUGAAAAUAAUAGUUGUUUGUCUUCUGCUAGACUAUAAUGAUAAAAGAAUUGUCCAUGAUAUCGAUAAAAUAGUGCGAAAUAGUAUGCAAAAUAACACACUUUUGGACGACUUCGAGAUGGCAGAGAUUGGUAAAGUCAGCAACACAUUGGCAAAAUUAUUACAGCUACUGAAGAGCGAACCUACUGAUGAUACUACAGAGAGAAAAAUCGUUAAUGCAUUGCAAGAUUUUAUGGAAAUUACUACACGAGAUUUUAUGAAAGAUGGUCACGGCAUUUUGAAAGAUGAGAAUGAGAGAAAGCAGAGUUUCACGAAUCUAAAUAUGAACGUGACAAAGGAUGCAUUUUGGAGGGAGCAGUUUGUCCGGCUGCAUUUAUUGUUGACUAUGAAGGAUUCUGCAAUGGAUGUACCUACAAAUUUGGAUGCUCGACGUAGGAUCACCUUCUUCGCAAACUCACUUUUUAUGAAAAUGCCGAGAGCACCUCAAGUGCAUGAUAUGAUAUCCUUUAGUGUUUUGACUCCAUAUUACAAUGAGGAAGUACUUUAUUCAUCUCAUCAACUAAAUAGAAAGAAUGAAGACGGUAUCUCAAUUUUGUUUUAUCUACAAAAGAUUUAUCCAGAUGAAUGGAAGAACUUUCUACAACGCAUUGGAGUUGAUCCAGAUAACGAAGAGGAAGUAAAGGGAUGCAUGGAUGAUAUCCGUAUAUGGGCGUCUUACCGGGGUCAAACACUUGCCAGAACUGUGAGAGGGAUGAUGUACUAUAGACGAGCUCUUGAAGUGCAAUGCUAUGAGGAUAUGAAAAGUGAACAAGCUGAUUUGGGUGGAGACGAAUCUGCAAGGUCCAAGGCCAUUGCUGAUAUCAAAUUCACUUAUGUUGUUGCCUGUCAACUCUAUGGCAUGCAUAAGGCAUCCAAGGAUUCCCGGGAAAGGGGUCUGUAUGAGAACAUCUUAAAUCUGAUGCUAACGUAUCCAGCUUUGCGUAUUGCUUACAUUGAUGAGAAGGAAGUACCACUACCAAAUGGUAAAAUGAAGAAACAUUAUUACUCUGUUCUUGUGAAAGGUGACGAUGAGGAAAUUUACCGGAUAAAGCUGCCUGGUAAACCAACAGAAGUUGGAGAGGGGAAGCCUAAUAAUCAAAAUCAUGCCAUAAUCUUCACUAGAGGAGAAGCACUUCAAGCAAUUGACAUGAACCAGGAUAACUAUCUUGAAGAAGCAUUUAAAAUGAGAAAUUUGUUGGAAGAGUUCCUUAUUAAACAUGGAAAGUCCAAGCCAACAAUAUUGGGUGUUCGCGAGCAUAUCUUCACAGGAAGUGUUUCAUCACUUGCCUGGUUUAUGUCCAACCAAGAGACCAGCUUUGUUACUAUCGGCCAACGUGUUCUUGCAAACCCUCUUAAGGUACGAUUCCACUAUGGUCACCCUGAUGUUUUCGAUAGAAUCUUUCACAUCACAAGGGGUGGCAUAAGCAAGGCCUCAAAGGUUAUUAACCUCAGUGAGGACAUCUUUGCAGGAUUCAAUUCAACCCUGCGACAAGGAAAUGUUACCCAUCAUGAAUACAUACAGUUGGGUAAAGGACGUGAUGUUGGAAUGAACCAAAUAUCCAACUUUGAGGCCAAGGUGGCAAAUGGUAAUGGUGAACAAACUCUAUGUCGUGAUGUUUAUCGACUAGGACACAGAUUCGAUUUCUACAGGAUGUUGUCUAUGUACUUCACCACAGUUGGCUUCUACUUCAAUAGCAUGGUGGCUGUUCUUACGGUGUAUGUAUUUUUAUAUGGGCGGUUGUAUCUUGUUUUGAGUGGCUUAGAAAAGUCGAUUCUCCAAGAUCCACGGAUUAAAAACAUCAAACCCUUUGAAAAUGCACUUGCCACCCAAUCGGUAUUCCAACUUGGGACGUUGCUCAUCCUCCCGAUGAUAAUGGAGGUCGGCUUGGAGAAAGGGUUUGGUAAAGCCCUGGCUGAGUUUAUAAUCAUGCAACUUCAGUUAGCUCCUAUGUUCUUCACUUUUCAUCUCGGGACAAAGACUCACUACUAUGGAAGGACUAUACUUCAUGGUGGUGCAAAAUAUAGAGGAACAGGCCGGGGUUUUGUUGUACGCCAUGCAAAAUUUGCUGAGAAUUACAGAAUGUACUCACGGAGCCACUUUGUGAAAGCAUUGGAGCUGCUAAUCCUCUUGGUUGUUUAUCUAGCAUACGGGAGUUCUUACAGGAGCUCGAGUUUGUAUGUAUACGUCACAAUUUCGAUGUGGUUCCUUGUUUUCUGCUGGCUGUUUGCACCUUUUAUCUUCAACCCAUCAUGCUUUGAGUGGCACAAGACGGUUGACGACUGGACUGAUUGGUGGAAGUGGAUGAGCAAUAGGGGUGGUAUUGGGCUGGCACCUGAGCAAAGUUGGGAGGCUUGGUGGGUGAGUGAACAUGAGCACCUAAAGAAUGGAACAAUACGUAGCUUGCUCUUGGAGCUGGUUCUGUCGCUGCGCCUCCUGAUCUACCAAUAUGGUAUUGUGUACCACUUGCACAUAGUGCACGAGAACAAAAGCUUCAUGAUAUAUGCACUAUCGUGGCUGGUUAUUGGCAUCGUUCUUGUUUCGCUAAAGGUUGUUUCACUGGGGAGAGAGAAGUUUGUUACCAAGUUUCAGCUUGUGUUCCGUAUACUCAAGGGCAUUGUGUUUCUUGUCCUCAUCGGCUUGAUGGUGGUCUUAUUUGUUGGUUUUGAUCUCGCUGUGUCAGACGUUGGCGCCAGUGUCUUGGCCUUCAUCCCAACUGGCUGGUUUAUUCUUUUGAUGGCACAAGUGUGUGGACCGCUGUUUCGGAGGUUAGUGAUUGAGCCACUUGGCGUGCUGUGUUGCUCCUGCUGCCCUGGUGGAGCAUGCCGAGGGCCUUGCUGCGCCAAGUUGAGGCAGAGGAGUGGGGCUGUGCUCCGUAAGAUAGGGCCAUGGGACUCCAUCCAAGAGAUGGCAAGGAUGUACGAGUAUACCAUGGGGAUCCUCAUCUUCCUGCCCAUCGCCGUCCUCUCGUGGUUCCCCUUCAUGUCAGAGUUCCAGACGCGUCUGCUCUUCAACCAAGCCUUCAGCCGGGGCCUGCAGAUCUCGAGGAUCCUCGCUGGGCAGGACGGGAGGGGUACCAUUACCAAGCGUGAAUGACCUUGCUUGCUUGCAAACCACCCUGCUCUGUCUGUAGCGUGCAUAUUCACGGCGUUGUAUUAUAUUAUAUUGUUGAUUUGGAACUUUGGAAGGAUGCAUUGGAGCAAUAUCUGAUUUGUUCUCACCGUUGAACCAAAACUAAAAGAAAGCUACACAUUUGCUUUUCCAUUACACCUUUUCUUGGAGUUUACAAUUAAUCAUCUAAUAUUUCCCACUUA